AUGGCAUCAGAGCAUGAUUCUGAUUUAGAGAAUAAAAAUGAGAAAAAGGUGGAGAGGAACAAUGCCUCCAACGAAACAAAAACACCUUUCGCUAUCACAAAUACAUCACCGUAUUACCUCAGUCCCUCUGACAAUCCAGGAACGCCACUUGUGGUUGCGAUGCUCAAAGGAGAGAACUAUCGCAAUUGGGCAUGUUCCAUGAGGACGACACUUCGCGCAAAAAACAAGUUGGGUUUCAUCGAUGCAGCGAUCAAGAAACCUGCGAGAACAAAUCUAGAUUUCUACAAUUGGGUGAGAGCCGAUUCAAUGGUCAUGGCGUGGAUAAUUAAUGUUGUAGAUCCAGUUUUGCAUGGAAGCAUCUCUCAUGCAUCAACUGCAAGAGAUAGAUGGGAGGAUCUGGAAAAGAGAUUUGCUCAAACUAACGCUCCAAGAAUCCACCAGUUAUGGCGAAUGUUGUGUUUAAUGGAGCAUGAACCAAACAUGACUGUGACAGAAUAUUACACCAAGUUCAAAAGUCUUCUUGAUGAGCUAGGUGAGUUACAGCCACUUCCGGAGUGUACCUGCGGCGCAUCUAAAGAGAUUCUGAAGAGAGAGGAAAGCUAA